AUGCUUUCCACGAAUCUCCAUCAGUACCCCCCGGCAUUCAGCCAUGUCCCCUCGCCCAACGCAGUCGACCAUCCACAUCACCAUCACCAUCUUUCUAUGGACCACAUGGGACACUCCUCGCUCGAGUCCAUGGCCCACCCGUCGCAAUACGCUGCAUUGCAGUUCCACCACAACCGGCAUGUGUUGCCCAACGGGAAAGCCGUUAUCAAGCCCCAUCAUCGACUACCAUACGCCAGUGGACCUCUGGCGCCACGACACCAGCGAGAGAUGCUUCACGAACGAUCAGGUCGCAGUAACUCUGCGUCAGGGCCAGUACGACGUAGGAUCAGUCGGGCAUGCGACCAGUGUAAUCAACUAAGAACGAAGUGUGAUGGGAGACAGUCUUGCGCGCAUUGUAUAGAGUUUGGUCUGACGUGCGAAUACAUCCGUGAGCGCAAGAAGCGCGGGAAAGCAUCGCGAAAAGACAUCGCUCAGCAACAGGCAGCCGCAGCCGCAGCAGCAGGAAGCAGUACGGUCAAGUCUGAAGAGUCUAGCACUCCACAGCCCUCGGACAAGACAGCGGAAUCUAUUCCAAGUAGCAGCCCUAAACUCACAGAGGGCCAGAGACCUCGUUCCGAGCUACCGGCACGGUCCGCCAGCAUUGCAACUACAAGUUCUGACAUGGACACUGCAUCCAUGUACCCGAACAGGACCAUGAGCCUGAACGCCAUUGACACAAUCCCAGAAGGCGACAUGCACCACCAAAUGGCCGACGGCAUGCAAGCCAUGCAGCCUAUGCAGCCACCUCGCAUUCAGACGCAAGGGCUGCCUAUGCAGCACUCUAUUCCAGAGUACGCAUCCAUGGAGUACCAUCGAAACCUCGCCUACCAGCAACCGCCACUUCAGGUGAUGCAGCCAGGAAUGCAUCCUGGUGUUUCUUCCCACGGGCAUGCUAUGGAGUACUCGGGAAGCCCUUAUAGUAUGAUGAGUCCGCAGAGUGCGCAUGCGCAAACACAACCGCAACCAGGCGCCUUUGGAAUGCCAGAAGAACCCCCAAAUAUGGGAUACAUGCCUCAGUCACCUGCCAACGGCUCACCAGGCUGGAUUUUGCCCUCUCCCUCUACUACCAUGUACUCGGGCGCACCACACCAGAGCCACUCUCAUCAGUUGAGGUACCCAGUCUUGCAGCCGUUGGUUCCACACCUAGCAAAUAUUAUGCCAGUGUCAUUGGCUUGCGACUUACUCGAGCUUUACUUCCAAAGUUCCUCAUCCGCGUUCAUGCAACCCGUAUCUCCUUAUGUACUUGGUUACGUAUUCCGAAAACGGUCGUUUUUGAGGACGAACAACCCAAGGGUGUGCAGCCCGGCACUACUGGCUAGCAUGUUAUGGAUUGGUUGCUUGACGAGCGAGUCACCCUAUCUAUCCUCAUCGCCGUCUGCGCGGAGUCAACUUUCCGAAAAGCUGAUCAAUCUGACAAUCAGUCUGUUGAAGCCCUUGGUACAUCAGACACCAGGUAGUCCAGAUAGUGGCCCUACAAAUUUCGCCACUGGAAACAUGGUCGACAGUGUGACCAUGGAUGGUUUCGGGAUGCCAACUCAAGAAUCCGAUAUAGGUCUACCGGGAGCAUGCGGCGGCCUUGAUGAGGUGGUGACCUACAUGCAUCUGGCUAUUGUCAUCUCAGCAAGCGAGUACAAGGCUGCAUCACUACGCUGGUGGAACGCAGCAUGGUCACUGGCCAGAGAGCUCAAGCUGGGCAAAGAAGUGCCUGUGACGCCUCCACCCGAACCCAACGAUGAAAACAUUUCUGCAGAUAUCCGUGCCGAACAUGGGCGCGGAGCAUACCCGAACGGCCAACACUCUUCCGUAGAAUGCACUGAGGAGCAAAGAGAAGAGCGUAGACGUAUAUGGUGGCUUUUGUUCACUGUUGAUCGCCACCUAGCCCUAUGCUACAACCGGCCGCUCUCUUUAUUGGACGUGGAAUGCUCCGGGCUUCUGCAGCCGCUUGACGAUAACGUAUGGCAAUCUGGGGAAUUCUUCGAGGACUCCGCUCAAUCGUUUUCAGAUCACACAUUUCGCCGAAGAGGGCCUUCAUUCGAGUGCACCGGGCACUCCAUUUUCGGAUUUUUCCUUCCUCUGAUGACAAUCCUUGGAGAGAUUACCGAUCUAUACCAUGCCCGCAAUCAUCCACGCUUUGGAGCCAAGACGGAUUGGGAACACCAUGUGGUAGAGAUCAGUCAGCAGCUUGUAGCCUAUGGCCAUUCUUUACAGGAGCUUCGGAACCGUGCAGUUCAUGAAGCGAACGUGGAGGCCCAGCAGGAAUCAGUACAUCCCGGCACGCCCUCGGUACGAUCUGUCAACUCGUCUAUAUCCAGAGCGCAGGAGAACUUAUUGCAUGCCAAGAUUGUGGAGGCAUAUGGCACGCACCUCAUGCACACCCUGCAUAUCUUGCUGAACGGGAAGUGGGACCCCAUUUCGCUUCUAGAUGACAACGACCUCUGGAUCUCUUCGCAAAGUUUUGUGGAUGCUACCGGCCAUGCCGUCCAUGCAGCUGAGGCAUUGAAUGAGGUCCUUGAGUUGGAUCCUGAUCUGAGCUUCAUGCCGUUCUUCUUCGGGAUCUACCUUCUACAGGGGAGCUUCUUGUUACUGCUCAUCGCCGACAAACUCCAAGGAGACGCCAAUCCCAAGAUAGUACGUGCGUGCGAAGUCAUAGUACGUGCACAUGAGGCAUGCAUUGUGACUCUCAAUACCGAGUACCAGCGAAAUUUCCGAAAAGUCAUGCGCUCUGCCUUGCAGCAAGUGCGUGGCCGCGGCAUAGACGAACAUGCCGAACUGGCGCAACAACGGAGAAGGGAAAUGUUGAGUCUCUACCGUUGGAGCGGCGACGGCACCGGGCUCGCACUCUGA